CUCAGUGAUUUUUAAACCCAGGUAAUUUAUUUAUUUUUUUUUUUUUAAUACGCUCAAACACAAAGAUGCAGACUAAGAUAUUUCCACAGUUUAAAAAUUGAAAUAUAAGUUGUGUUUUCCUGAGCAGUUUUUUUUUUUUUCCAAUUAGGACAAUUCUGUCAGAAUAGAAAGUAAUCAUCUUAUGUAUGUAAAAAAUAUUUUUUAAUUAAAUGGAAGCAAACAGAGAGCUGUCAGAGUGCAUUUGGAUUGUUCUUAAUCUAAAAACAGUAUUUUAUCUUGAUAUGACUGGAGCAGUGUAGUCUUUUCAUUUACUAAAUUUGUAUGAUGUUAAAUUUUAUUAAAAUUUUCCCUUAAUAGUUUUCUGCUUGAGCAGUUAAAACGAUGUCCGCUUAGAAUAUGAUUUAUAUGUUUUUUUAAAACUGUUAUUUCAAGGGCAUAAUCUUAUUUUAAGAACAAAAUUACUAAUUCGAUUGGUAGAUCAUUUCAUUUACCUGCUUAAAUAAAGGACAAUUACACUUUAAACUUCAUCCUCGUCUGAAUUCAGUUUUAGACAUUCGGGAUGUUUAUUUCAGACAAAGUCGGUAAAAGCCCAAUAAACAUGAAUGGGGGAAAUUAAGUCAUUUGUGGUCGUGAGAAUUAAAGAUAUAUGAAAUAUUUAAAUAGAAAGUUUGAGAUGACAGAAAUACACAAAGCUAAUAAAUAUCAAUACGGCCUGCCAUAGAGUCUGAAAUGGAAUGCACAUAAUCCGACCGCAGGUGGCGAUGUUACUCGAUAAUUGAGGCAUGUGACAUGCCUGUGCUAAUUGGUCACUAACAAGACACACCUGUUCUCAGCUUAUUAAGGCCGACAGCAGGAGAGGAGAAGAGCUUUGUGUCUCCUUGGGGUUUCUGUAGACACAAUGCCGUACCAAGAUUCUUUUUACACGGAUUUCUUCUUUGAGCCUCUGACUGAAGACGUGGAGGAACUGUUGUCUCGCUUCCAGCGAACAGACUCCGUCAGGUAUGAGGUCUUCUCUGCCAUCUGGAGGGACAUGAAGUUUCCGGACAUCUUCAACGGCAUCACCAGUGGCUGUGAAAUGAAGCGACUCUGCCAUGUGGCUCUGGCCACAGCGGUGAAGUACUUCUUACCUCCGUUCAGCUACCAGAUCAGAGUGGGAGGUUUGUAUCUGAUGUUCGCUUUCUACCACACCCAGCGCGCCUGCACGCCCCUGAAGAUCAGAGUGGCUCUGAAGGACUGGGCUCAUGUUCAGAGCUUCCUCCAUGAGUCUAAAGAGGCGCUGCACCAUGAUGUGGUUUACAUCUAUCACAAGCUUGCUGUCAGCCAAGCUUUCCACUACACGGCCAUGCCUCAUUUCCUCCUCUUCCAGAAGCAGCAGAAACCAAAGCAGAGUCUGUUAAUUGAGUUCCUGAGCAAGCCGGCCGCCCUGCAGGAGCUUCAAUCCACAGAAUUCCUGGAAGAGAUGGUGGAAAUCCAGAGCCAAUAUGAGAAACUUAAGAUGGCCACCAUGGAGGUCACCGUUGAAGUCAACACAAUUCACUCAGACUUCACUUCCCGCUUAAACAAAUGCAUGUCUGAGUUCAUCGCAUGGCAGCAGAAAGAUUUACCCAAAGAGGAAAAUGCCAGAGAUGAAAUCAAGGAGUCUCCUGGAGAUGCCUGCAGCAGCAGAGCCAGGCUCCUGUCUUCCAUCAAGCAGAAGAGCUACAGUAAUGUCAAGAAGGCCUCUAAGUCCAGGAGGCACAGAGAGGUGGAGAAGGUGGAGCACUCCAGCUCUGGUGGGGAGCAGUCCCAGCAGCCUUCCAGCACCAAGAAGCAAGACUCUUUGCGAGCCAGGACAUGGAAAAACCUGGGAAAGAAGGAUGGCAGAAAAACUCUGGCCUGGCUGUUGAGCACCCCCGAGUUCCUGGAUGAAACUCAACUGCGGCGGCAUAGCCAGCAUCAAUAUGCGGAAUACAAAGUGAAGAAGGAGGCAGGGUAAACCUGAACUGUGCUUUUGUUAUAAAGUGUCCUAAUGAUUUUCACUUGGAUGUUUGAAG